AUGACGACCGAUCCUUCAGCAAAUAAACGCCUUCACAUCACUCCUUUCACCGCAGAACUUCUUCCCUCCGUAUUACCUUCGUCCGUUCGGCCCUUAGCCACUGAAAUCUCCUUCCACAGUAUCCCGACAUUUCCGGAGAAUAACUACGGCUACGUAACGCUACCAGCAAUGGAGGCAGAUAAAAUCAAGAAGAAGCUCAACGGGUCAAUCCUCAAAGGUCGAAAGUUCAAAGUGGAUGUAGCUCGGCCGCAGAAAAGACAGAGGGACGAAAACGAAGACGAAAGCGAUAAGGCAGUUUUCAACAAAGUAUCGCCGUCAAGCAAGAAAACAAAGAAGCAAAAGGAUAUCGGUAACGUUUUAGAGGGAUAUGAGCUUCAAACAGAUCGCCAAGUAAAGAGAGGCUGGACAGAGUCCACGAGCUCCUUAAAAGAGAGGCGCAAGGAGGAGAAGAGAAACAAGAAGAAGGAUGAUAGAACUGGAAAGUCACAGGCGAAAUCCAAGUAUACCGAGAAGGCAGAAUGUUUAUUCCGAACCAAAAUCCCUCCUAACAGAGCCUCGUCUGCUGAGGUGGAGCAAGACAAGCAGUCAAAGAAGAAAAAGAAGAAAUCUCUACAGGAGUCUGUUGUACAUGAGUUUUCCAAGACCGUUACACAACCGAGUUUCCUACGGACAGAUAGUGACGGAGCAGCACCUACGUUUACUUUCGAAGAGGGUAAGGGCUGGAUAGACGGUUCAGGGAACAUAAAAGAACAGGCCAGCGAUCGAAUCAGAAGUGAUCAAUACACACCAGGGAAAAUUGCAGGGGCGAAGGAGAGACCGAAGUCCAAGUCUUCGCUCAAGGCUAAGGCGAGCUCCCAAAGCCUUGAUGAUGCAUGUGCCGUUAGAGGAGGUGUUGAUCUGAAAGAAUCGGACGAAUCGGACGAAUCGGAGGAUUGGACCUCGUCUAGUGGGGCAACGUCAUCCGACGAUAGUGCGACCGAUUCAGAAAGCGAGGCAAGCGUAACAUCCGGUUCGUCAGAUACGUCAGACAUCUCCAAUGACCAGCAUGAACAGGGGGCACAGUCGACGCCCCAGGGUGUUGAAAAGGUUCCCGGCCCUGAAGCAAAGGCGGACCAGGAUGUUGCUCAAGCGGAGAAAAGUGAUGAGCCACACUCUCAAGAAGUCCAUCCAUUGGAAGCUCUUUUCAAGAAACCCACACCCGGCACUACCGAUGUCAAGCCUGAUCCAGAUGCCAGUGCGCAAUUUAGUUUCUUGGGACAGGGAGAUAUGGAAUCCGAGGAAGAACCACAGGAAGUCACAGAGCCGCAAACUCCGUUUACGAAGAAGGAUAUACAAAGCCGUGAGCUGAGGAGUGCUGCUCCCACACCUGACACAGCGUUGGCUGGGCGAAAUAAAAAGUGGAAUAGCCUAGAGCAACAUGACUCUAUGGAUGUGGAUGAUGAGCCAUACAUCAACACACCUGUUCCAAAAUUCGGCUCAGCACUCAAGGAUGAAUCUGAGUUCACGAAAUGGUUCUGGGAGCAUCGCGGAGAUAACAACCGAGCCUGGAAGAAGAGACGGCGUGAUGCUGCCAAAGAACAGAGACAAAGGGAGAAUAGGCGGAAAGGCAUGAAAGGGAAAUCAUAG